CCAGCGAUGGAAUUUAGUGUGAUUAACUUGAGCGAGCAGGCUUUCUUAUCAGUCAACGCUCCUCUCCUCUGCUUCAUCUUCGCUGCAAACAUCUUCUACGCAUGUUGUUUGAUCUCCGACACAGAAAGACUCAAGCAGCCGUUGAAGCUGAUUCUGGGAUCUCUGGUCUGGUUCUCUGUUGCUUAUUGUGUCACAUUGGUUUUACUGUGCUGGCUGUUCAAGGACGUGGCUAAUUAUAACGUGAAUAUUGUGUCGUGGGGGGUCGUGCAGUACUUUGUGCUCAGCAGCAUGACCAGUUCUGUCUGGCUCAACUUCUACUACUUCCUCCACAUCGUCCCUGCACAGAGAGCUCUCCUGGUCUGGCUGAAGAGGAACAUCAAGUCCGUCACGUGGACGGUUUUGCUUUUUGACUCGGCAUUUUUUUUGCUGUGCAGUGCCAUUUCUACUGCAAGUGGAAUAAACAAUUACUCCAUUUAUGCCAACGGCACAUGGACGGACUAUUGGAAUGAUGGACUGUUUAACACAGAGGGAGUUUUUAUCGCCAUCAGCAGAGUUCACAUCCUGUUUGGUCUCUUUGUGAUGAUGGUUUCCAGCUUCUCAACGGCCCACUACCUGCACAGACACAUAAAGAGUGUAGCGCAGGGUGGAGGCUUCUCCUCCACCCCCAGGAUCCAGAGUCAGAUCAGAGUCACCGUCUCUGGGAUCGUCCAAGGAGUGCUCUAUUUAAUCUACGUUACUUUUUAUUUAUUAGACAGCAUCUCCCUCAUGGGGUUCUUACACUUUAUCCUCAGUGGCUGGAUCUCCUCCACAGUCACCUCCCUGUUCCUGAUGGUCACCACGGUGAACCUGGGCGUGGGCCAGACCGUCUUCAGACAGAAGGCCAACCAGGCCUUUAGGGCGCUCAGAACGAUGUGUGGUGUAACAGAUGAUGUGGGAAAAAAGCAGCCGACAGCUCUGUCCUACAGAGUCUAA